AUCUCCGUGACCCCUCCUCUCUCUCCUGGGUCCCCUCUCUGCACUGGGAUUGGCGAUCCCAGCCACAUUUCCUCCUUUCCGUAUCUCAUCCUCCUUCCUCCUCUCUAUCCCUGUCCUCUGAACGAUUUCCACCAAUUUGCAAGCAUUCUCCCUGUCAUUCUCACACUUCCCUUUCUCUCCACCUUCAACCUUUUCCUUGCCACUCCCUUUUAUCCAUCAAACCUCUCCACUUGCAUCCACACCCUCCCUCCAUCCUUCCCUCCCAGCAAACCUUGCCCAUGGAUUCUGGGCCUCUGCGGGAUGCCAAUCCCUCCAUCAUUGCCCCUCAGCAAACCUUGCCCAUGGAUUCUGAGCCUCUGCGGAAUGCCAACCCCACCUCUGGGGGCACCCUCUCUGCCCCCAAUGCCACAACACCCUGGCUGGGCCGGGAUGAGGAGGUGGCCAAGGUGGAGAUCGGAGUCCUGGCCACUGUCCUGGUGCUGGCCACCGGGGGCAACCUGGCUGUGCUGCUAACCCUGGGCCAGCCAGGCCGCAAGCGCUCCCGCAUGCACCUGUUCGUGCUGCACCUAGCCCUGACAGACCUGGCCGUGGCGCUCUUCCAGGUCCUGCCCCAGCUGAUGUGGGACAUCACCUUCCGCUUCCAGGGCCCUGACCUCCUGUGCCGGGCUGUCAAGUACCUGCAGGUGCUCAGCAUGUUCGCCUCCACCUACAUGCUGCUGGCCAUGACGCUGGACCGCUACCUGGCUGUCUGUCACCCCCUGCGCAGCCUCCAGCAGCCUGGCCAGUCCACCUAUCCACUCAUCGCUGCUCCCUGGCUGCUGGCCGCCAUCCUCAGCCUCCCUCAGGUCUUCAUUUUUUCCCUGAAGGAGGUGAGCCAGGGCUCGGGGGUGCUGGACUGCUGGGCAGACUUCCGCUUCCCUUGGGGGCCACGGGUCUACCUUACCUGGACCACCCUGGCCAUCUUCAUCCUGCCAGUGACCAUACUCACAGCCUGCUACAGCCUCAUCUGCCAUGAGAUCUGUAAAAACCUCAAAGUCAAGACACAGGCCUGGCAGGUAGGAGGAAGGAACUGGAGACGCUCACCUUCGGCCCCAGUUGCUGCCACUCGGGGGCUGCCAUCCCGGGUCAGCAGCAUCAGCACCAUCUCACGGGCCAAGAUCCGAACAGUGAAGAUGACCUUUGUCAUCGUGCUGGCCUACAUUGCUUGCUGGGCUCCCUUCUUCAGUGUCCAGAUGUGGUCCGUGUGGGAUGAGAAUGCCUCUCAUGAAGAUUCCACCAAUGUGGCUUCCACCAUCUCCAUGCUUUUGGGCAACCUCAGCAGCUGCUGUAACCCCUGGAUCUACAUGGGCUUCAACAGCCACCUGUUACCGUGGCCCCUGCAUCACCUUGCCUGCUGUGGGGGUCCCCAGCCCCGGAUGCGCCGGCGGCUCUCCAACGGCAGCCUCUCGAGCCGCCAUACCACACUGCUGACCCGCUCCAGCUGCCCCGCCACCCUCAGCCUCAGCCUCAGCCUAACCCUCAGUGGGAAACCCAGACCUGAACAGUCACCAAGGGACUUGGAGCCAGCGGAUGGGGAAGCCACUGCUGAGACCAACAUCUUCUAGAAAAGACUCCCUGGGGUCUGGCACUGCCCCCAGGACUACUGGAGUUUCUCUGCCCACCUCGGGCACUGGGCAUGAAAGCUGGGAGGGUCAGGCUUGGAGUUAAGGGAGCCCUGUCUGAAGCAAGGUGAAAAGGCCAGAAUGGGCCCCCAACCCUGGUGUCACAGCUGUCCCUAGUUUGAGGACUGCCUCAUGAGCUCCCAAUCGCAGGUGCUGGUGGCCAGGAAGAAUCAAACUCUGUCUCCCUGGCCCUGCCAUAUUCACAGGUGUCCAUGCAUACAGUGUCCCAGAUCUGGGCAGGCCUAGGAUGGGGUUGUCUAGGGGUCCAUGGGUGGCAGGAACCCAGAGGCUGGCCUUGUGCCCUGGCUACCUGUCCCCAUUCUAACCUGACUGGCACAUCUUAGCCUAACCAGAAGAGGGGAGAAGUGAAAAACUGUGAGGAGGAUUCUAUUCGGAUCCUGGAUUUUUUUUUUGGUAGAGAGAAGAUUGUUUCAUGAAGAAAAGUGAAUGGGUAUUUGGGGCUUCCCCCGCUGUGCCCAGCUGUCUGUGGAAGGGAGAUGGUCUCAUAAAGAUGCGGGAUUCAGUACAGCACCUGGUACCUAGCAGGAACUCUGCAAAUGCCAGUUCCUCUUCUCCCCAUGCCAGCCCCCGUGACAGGGUGGCUGACAGGGGAAAGUGCUGUAUAUUCUCUGCGGUCUGGUCCACUGUGAAUGUAGGUGGGAACAAAGAGGAAGGGAAGGAGGAGAUGGAAAUGAUCAUCAGAAAAUUAACAGCAGGAAGUAACUUCAAAGGCAGAGGGACUUGUUGUCUUCCCUCCUUUCCCCAACCCAUCCCCAGGGAGUCGAGCCUGCUCCUUCUCCAGGGGCUACACAGAGACCUCCUUUGGGAAAAGGUGACAUCGUCAUGGCUCUGGACACCCUCCAGGCUCUUCAGAACUUCCAACAUGAAUCAUAUGGAUGCUGUGAUCCAGUUAGGAGCCUGGGUUUGAAUCUCAGCUCUGCCUUAAGUAUCUGUGUGAUGUUGGGUAAGUCACUGUCUCUUUCUAGGACUCAGAUCUCUGAGCUCCAAUCUACCAUGACUCUGCAAGAUUGAAAAUGGUGUUACAGAAAAACAUGAAGAAUAUUGUAACCAACAGGGUCUAGAAGAGUUGUUGGAUUUUUCUCUUUUUUUUUUUUUGAGACGGAGUCUUACUCUGUCACUCAGGCUGGAGUACAGUGAUGCGAUCUCAGCUCACUGCAACCUCCAUCUCCUUGGUUCAAGUGAUUCUUGUGCCUCAGCCUCCCGAGUAGCUGGGACUGUAGGUGCGCACCACCACAUCUGGCUAAUUUUUGUAUUUUUAGUAGAGACAGGGUUUCAUCAUGUUGGUCAGGCGGUUCUCAAACUCCUGACCUUGUGAUCUGCCACUCAGCCUCCCAAAGUAGGAUUAUAGGCGUGAGCCCCCAUGCUCAGCCAUGAGUUGUUGGAUUUUUAUGACAGUGACAUUUAUAUACUCUUUGACUCAAUUCUGGUGAUGGUGGGUCCCACCAUGGCCAUACUGUCCACUUUUGUCCUCAUCUGGAAUGCCGAAUCCUCCUCCGAGUCAGGAAGAGACUGCAGGCCAAGGCAGAAUCUGGGACUGUGCCAUGCUUUUCCUCAUUAUCUCCAGGGGACUCUUAUCAUGGGGCAGCUUCCCCACCCCAAUUCUGAUUCCGAUUGAAGAGAGAGCCUUGCCGGUGGAAAAGACAUCAGCUGAAAUGUCAGGAGAGCUGCAUCUCCGUCCUGCUACCAACAAUGACACACAUCAAUAAAAUGCUGGCCAGUCCUUACCAGCUUGGUUCUGAGAAUCGAAUAGGACUGUGGAUAUGAAAGUCGUUUGUAAAGCCAUCUACUCUAUACUAACGUAAGGACUUACUGAUCUAAUGAAGAGCUCCUCAGGGAAUCUCUAGGGAACACUUUCACUCUCUAUCCCUGAUUCCCAGGGAAGCUUUGAGGAAUGACUGUGGCUUUGCAGAUAUGCUUUUUUAAGAGGCCACUCAGCUCUAAGAAGCCUCCUGAGGCUUUGAGAAAGAAAAGAGCCUUCUCUCCUCCUUUCUCUGCCAUCGUGGUGUGUGCUUUACUUCACUUCAGCCAUGUCUUCUCACAAGACUUUCAGAACUAAGCGAUUGCUACCCAAGAAACCGAAGCAAAAUCAUCCCAUUUACCAGUGGAUUUGGAUGGAAACUUGUAAUAAAAUCAGGUACAACUCCAAAAGGAGACAUUGGAGAAGAACCAAGCUGGGUCUUAAGGAAUUACACAUGAGAUGGCACAUACUAAUGCUAUCCGAAGGUCACAAUCAUUUCAAGCUGAAGAUGUCACCACUAUCUGGAGAAUUUUGAGCAGAAUUUCCUUUCUGAAUCUGUUACGGACACGUUGAUUGGCUGGAUUCAGUAAUAAAUAUGUGACACCUUUGAAAUAAAAAAAGAAAGAAAGAAAAAGAAAAGAGCCUUGCUGAAUGUUGUGAGUGAGCAAAGCAUCCCAGUCCUUCAGUGCUAGAGGACUGGAUAGUGAGGACCUCCUGGGACCACAGCUCAGGCAGAUGGGAGGACCCAUAGUCUCCUCCUUGCUGAGUUCUGUUGCCCAUGUCAGCCCGACAUCUAAUACUCCUUCCCCGUCUAUCUGCCCUGGUGGAGUGGGCUUAGAGGCCUCCCCUGCCAGCCAGGGCUGUUGAAUCUGCUCCUCCUCCUGCUUACAUAAGUGGCCUCCCCACCCCUAUGUCCCAUCUUUAGACCACAGUUUCUGACCCUAAUGCCUAGAGUUGGUCAAUCUUUGUUCUUCAUGGUGAUUGGGAGGUAGAAAGAACACCAGCUGUGUACCCCAAAGACCUGGGUCUGCAUCUUGGUCUCACCCCUUUUCUUCCUGUCUCAACUUAAGCCAGGUAUCCACUCUCCCUGAGCAAUGCUUUCCU